CAUGAACGUUGUGUUUGUCCCGCUGCAGACGGCACGGCACCCCAGAUCGAUCUCUCUACCUCUUGGUGAUGAAAUUACUUGCUCUCCUGACCUCACUCUAUGGCAAGCAGCGUCCUUUGAGACAACAUGGAAGACAAUGGGCUUCGUUCACUAAAGCGAGUCAUUACCGGACAUGACACGAACGGGAAACCUAUGUUCACGGACCAGCUCUCAGAGGAUGUCGAAUGGCAAGAGCUUGCCAACGGGGCGCGCUUCAGCCUUGGAUACGCUACCACAAGCUCUCCGGUGAACAUGGACCAGGACCAAGAUCUGUCGACCUACGAAAACUUCCUCGCCGACUUGCCUGGUAUCGCAAUCCCAGGAGGCACAGUCUUGAGGAUCGUCGAUAUGAAACCCGAGUCGUUGUCGCCAAUGCAUCGUACGGUUAGCCUGGACUACGGUGUGGUGCUCGAAGGCGAAGUGGAGUUGCAGUUAGACACUGGCGAGAAACGGUUGCUAAAGCGAGGUGACGUGGCGAUCCAACGCGGCACGAAUCAUGCGUGGAGGAAUCCAAGCUCGGAUUCGUGGGCACGGAUGCUCUACGUGCUUCAAGAGGCAAAGCCGUUGCAGUUCAAUGGGAGGAUGUUGGGUGAGGACUAUGGGGAGGGCAUGGACGAUGUAAAGCCAUCGACGAGUAUACUCAAUAAUGUCUUGAGCAAAGCCGAAUUGGCUUGAGUCUCUAUGAUGACGAGAAAG